AUGUCAAUUGAAACUAACAACACCAACACCUCUGAUCCAAGUGUUGAUCCUGCUUCUCCAUACUUCUUGCAUGCUAGUGAUGCCAGCUUCAUCUUGAUUUCCACUCCUUUUUCUGGAAAUAACUUCAAUGAUUGGAAAAGAGCUAUGACAAUUGCACUUUCUGCUAAAAACAAACUUGGUUUUAUUGAUGGCACCAUCCCUAAACCAGCCCCUAAUACUUCUUUUAUAAAGGCUUGGGAGAGAGUUAAUAGCACCCUCAUCACCUGGUUCAUGAAGGUCUUGGAUCCCACAAUAGCCAGGAGUAUUCUACAUUUUGUUUCUACUGCAGCAAUAUGGACUAACCUCAUUGAAAGAUUUGGUCAAACUUCAAGCACACAGGUGUAUGAUUAUCUGCAACAACUAGCAGAAAUUGAACAAGGAAAUGAUUCAAUUUCCACCUUCUUCACAAAAUUGCAGAUUCUUUGGGAUAAGCAAGAUGCUGCCCAACCUCUCCCAACAUGCACCUGUAACAACUGUAAAUGCAAUCUCACUUCAAAAUUGCUCAAGCUGCAAGAAGAGCAAAGGUUGAUUUCUUUCUUAAUGAAACUGAAUGCUUCUUUUAAACAUGUCAGGGCUAACAUCAUUAUGCAAUACCCUCUGCCUUCUAUUACUCAUGUAUAUAGGUUGCUUAUUCAAGAAGAAAAACAUAAGGAACUAUCUGAUCAAACUCCGAAUACAGAAUCUCAUGCUCUCUUUUCCAACAAGAAACAGUUCUUCAACAAUUCCUCUUCAUCUGUUUCCUCAUACAAACCACAACAUCUUGCUAAUAGAGGUGGAUAUACUAUAAGAACUCCCAUGUUCUGUGAUUAUUGCAAAAGGCAAGGUCAUACCAAGGACAAAUGCUUCAAAAUACGUGGAUAUCCACAAAAUGUUGCUCCAAAACCUCAAUGGAAAGGGGCUAAGGUGGCUGCAGUUGCUCACAAUGAUGAUUCUGACAAAGAAGACUCCCAACCUGAUCAUUUGGCUCUAAUUCCUUUACUCCAGAGCAGUACUCAAGACUUCUCAAUCUAA